GACAACGGAAUCAGAAAGAUGUUUAAACUAUGGCUUUUAUUUGGCUGUUUUAGUUUGGAGCUGUUUUUUGGAUUCAGCAGCGAUUUGCAGCCCCAGUGCUUUAAGGUGGAAGAUAAUAGUUGUCCCAACUCGAACGUUACCUUCUGGUUCUAUACAAAAGAAUUUCCAAAUGGACGCAUAUUGAACCCUGUGAAUCUUAAGGGAAUUGUUUCGAGACCAUAUCCGCUUAAGGUGUUGAUACACAGUUUGAGCGGUAACCAGAGUACCACUCCAAAUCUUGAAGUGCGUCCGGAGUUACUGCGCAUUCCUGGCAUAGACAUCAUAUCCGUGGACUACGCGAACCUAACUCCCGAUCCCUGUUACGUGGAGUCAGCUGCCAACAUUCGCAUUGUUGCUAGAUGUCUAGCCACAUUUUUGGGAGACUUAAUAGACAGAAACUUCGUACGAAAAGAUGAAAUCCAUCUCAUUGGCUACGGACUAGGCGCACACCUGGCCGCUUUCACAGCCAACUACUUGGAGGAGAAGCAUUCAAAAGUGUCCCACAUUACGGCUCUUGAUCCAUCCAAGGCACUAUUUCUCACUCCUGAUCUUUCGCAGCGUCUUGACCCGAGUGAUGCCGUCUUUGUGGAUGUGAUUCAUACGGAUAUCUUUGUUCAUGGCAUUUUGCAGCCUGUGGGCCAUGUGGACUUCUAUCCCAACAAGGGCGUGGUGCAGCCCAAUUGUGGACCCGUCGAUGAUGUUGACACUAAUGAAUGCUAUCAUAAGCGUGCUGCUGAGUACUAUGCGGAAUCUAUUUUCUCGCCCGUUAAAUUCUGGGCAUUCCGUUGCCAGAAUCUGCACCAUUUUCUAACGGGCAAAUGCCAUCCUAGCAACGAAGUGGAGGAGCUCGGAUACAACACGCGAAGCACGGCACGUGGCACUUACUUCCUGGGCACCAAUGAUUAUCCACCUUACGCUCGCGGCAUGAACUUUGAUAACCUGGAUCGCAAGCUGGAGGGCCAAACAUUUUUACCCCCUAAAGUUCUUGAAAAGCUCAGCACAUUAGAUGAAUUCGUAAAUCAACUAACGGUAAAAAUAUAGACAAAAAGUCUACAGAUUGUAAUGAACACUGUAGUUCAGUUCCAUUUAUAAAAUUGCAAAUGAAUAUAUUGAUGUUUAAAAUACUAUA